GCUGGCGUCGCGAUGUGAUGACGUCAGGCCCCGGGCAGGCCUGGAGUGGCGCGCUGGGCGUGCGCGGCUGCUGUCCGGCGUGUUGGUCCCAGCGGUUCAGCUGAGGUAGGGACGUGCUGUAGGCCAGAAUGUUACCGGCUGUUGGAUCUGCGGAUGAGGAAGAGGAUUGUCCUGAAUUGGUUCCCAUUGAGACGACGCAAAGCGAGGUGGAGGAAAAGUCUGGCCUCGGCGCCAAGAUCCCAGUCACAAUCAUCACCGGGUAUUUAGGUGCUGGGAAGACAACACUUCUGAACUAUAUUUUGACAGAGCAACAUAGUAAAAGAGUAGCGGUCAUUUUAAAUGAAUUUGGGGAAGGAAGUGCGCUGGAGAAAUCCUUAGCUGUCAGCCAAGGUGGAGAGCUCUAUGAAGAGUGGCUGGAACUUAGAAACGGUUGCCUCUGCUGUUCAGUGAAGUGAGGAAUGUGUUUACUGUGUACAUGGUUUACUAGAAAUGUUUAUUGAUUAUAUUUCCAGCUUUAAUUUUCUUGAGUAAUUUAACUGAAUUUACACAGUUUGCUUCAUUGUAUUUUUAAACAAAUAGAAAAUAAACUUAUUAGGAAGCA